CAGUACCCUAGGAGUUUGGGGUUAUUAUUAAGUAAAAUAAGGAUUAUUUAAACCCAAACACUGCAAUACUAUAACAGUAGAUCUGAUGGCCAAGUUGGUUGGUAAGUGACUGGCAGGUAGGUAGCAUAUACGAUGUGGAAACAUUGGACAAAGGCUAACCUAUGCCCCAGGUGAAAUACAGCAGGACGGUGUGAGAUGUCAUCACCUUGCUCAGAGUAGUUUACAACCUAAACCCUAUGAAUUUUUAUUUCUGGAAUUAUUCAUUUAAUAUUUUCUAACAGAUACUUAGAAAGUGUGCUAAAAUGCACUGAUUCUUCACUUGGGCCCACAGGUAACAAAAUGCAAGAAAAAAGCCUGCCACCCCUCCUUCAUUUUGCAUCUAUCUCCUUUGUCUUAAAACUUUGGGUCUGUGUCCUGCUUAACUCUGCAUGUAGACAUGUCAGUCAUUCAAGGAGUAUCUGUCUUAAAACUCUCUACCUAAUCCAUCUCAUCUCCCUUCAAGGCUGAAGUCACAGAGAUGAGAGUAACUGAGGCAUCUUGCUGUCAGCUUUUACAAUGUCCUGCUCCAGAGACCCAAAAGGCACCUGAAAGUCUUCAGUCAUUGUUCUAAAACCGUAGUCCCUUGGUUUCCAGGAACAGCAGAGCCUUGCACACAGAUCAUCCCAUGAUGUGAUCACUCCCCAGGCCAGAGAAAUCAUCUCAUGGGAGCCAGAUUGUCCCCUCAAGCAAUAAGGACUUCUUUGGGCCACGUUCCAGAGCUUCAUUGUGCGCCCCUCUUAUGCCAGUUCUUCAUCCGAGGCCGGGCUGUGAUGCUUUAUCUUUCUCAUCUUCCCAAGAAAAUGAUGAUUCAAAUUCUUUCCUGCCUUUUCACCAUGACUUCCACGUGCUUUCUUUGAGGAGAGUGGACGGACGUGGAGUUGGACCUCUGGUGUAGGACUCCAGUUACACUUUCAUACAGUGGUUGACACUGGGGAGCAAAACCACAGCUAUUUGUGGAGACCACUGAUGUCAACGGCAAAACUCUGGAGGGUCCAGUGCCUCUGGAAGUCAUCGUGAUUGAUCAGAAUGACAACAGACCAAUCUUUCGAGAAGGCCCCUACAUUGGUCAUGUCAUGGAAGGGUCACCUACAGGGACCACUGUGAUGCGGAUGACAGCCUUUGACGCAGACGACCCAGCCACAGACAAUGCCCUCCUGCGGUAUAAUAUCCGUCAGCAGACGCCUGACAAGCCGUCUCCCAACAUGUUCUACAUCGAUCCUGAGAAAGGAGACAUUGUCACCGUUGUGUCACCUGCGCUGCUGGACCGAGAGACUCUGGAAAAUCCCAAGUAUGAGCUGAUCAUCGAGGCUCAAGAUAUGGCUGGACUAGAUGUUGGGUUAACAGGCACGGCCACAGCCACGAUCGUCAUCGAUGACAAAAACGAUCACUCACCAAAAUUCACCAGGAAGGAGUUUCAAGCCACGGUGGAGGAAGGAGCCGUGGGAGUUAUUGUCAAUUUGACAGUGGAAGAUAAGGACGACCCCACCACAGGCGCGUGGAGGGCCGUUUACACCAUCAUCAACGGAAACCCCGGGCAGAGCUUUGAGAUCCACACCAACCCGCAGACCAAUGAGGGCAUGCUCUCUGUGGUCAAGCCCCUGGACUAUGAGAUUUCUGCCUUCCACACUCUGCUGAUCAAAGUGGAGAACGAGGACCCGCUGGUACCUGACGUCUCCUAUGGCCCCAGCUCCACAGCCACCGUCCACAUCACAGUCCUAGAUGUCAACGAGGGCCCGGUCUUCUACCCAGACCCCAUGACAGUGACCAAGCAGGAGAACAUCGCUGUGAGCAGCGUGCUGCUGACCGUGAACGCUACGGACCCCGACUCCCUGCAACAUCAGACCAUCAGGUACUCUGUGUACAAGGACCCCGCAGGCUGGCUGAAUAUUAACCCCAUCAAUGGGACUGUUGACACAACAGCUGCGCUGGACCGGGAGUCCCCAUUCGUCCACAACAGUGUCUAUACUGCCCUCUUCCUGGCCAUCGACAGUGGCAACCCUCCUGCAACCGGCACGGGGACUUUACUGAUCACCUUGGAAGAUGUGAAUGACAACGCUCCCUUCAUCUACCCCACAGUGGCCGAAGUCUGUGAUGAUGCCAAAAACCUCAGCGUGGUCAUUUUGGGGGCAUCGGACAUGGAUCUUCACCCAAACACAGACCCUUUCAAGUUCGAGAUUCAUAAGCCGACUGUUCCCGAUAAGGUUUGGAAGAUCUCCAAGAUCAACAAUACACAUGCCCUGGUGAGCCUUCUUCAAAAUCUGAACAAAGCAAACUACAACUUGCCCAUCAUGGUGACAGAUUCAGGGAAACCCCCCAUGACGAACGUCACAGACCUCAGGGUACAGGUGUGCUCCUGUAAGAACUCCAAAGUGGACUGCAAUGCUGCAGGGACCCCGCACCUCGGCCUGACCUCACUCCUGCUCCUUCUGCUCCUCAGCAUAGCUGGUCUGUGAGAACUCCUGACAUCUGAAGCUUGACUCCCAAGUUUCCAUAGCAACAGGAAAAAGAAAAAAAAAAAGUCUAUCCAAAUCUGAAGAUUGCUGUUUACAGCUAUUGAACUUCACAAGUAGGCCUCAAUUGUUCCCCCAUUUUUGUUUUCUUUGCAAUUUCAUUUAGUCUGUAUUUCACCAUUUUGAUAGCACCUUCCUUCCUCUAAUUCAUGGAGAACUCUGAAUUUUCCCUGAAUGUUUAAAGAUCAUGCAUAGAACCUGACCUUCUGGGAGCAGAAACAAUGACUACUUUUUCUGAUGUGUUGACAUGUUGCUAGCCAGUGCGCCACUCGUGCAGCUGUGUCUGUGGGUUAGUGUUUGUAUAUGUAUGAGUAUCUGUGUGUGUAUAUACACGGUAUUUAUAUAGAGAGAUUAUUCAGGAGAAGCCUAGUUUUGAUAUGCCAUUCCUCCUUGAAAAGUUAGACAGAGGGGGCAGAAGCUAAGACAGCAGAGCCCCCAGCACAAGGACAGGUCACAGAGCAGUGGCUUUGCUGCAAAGCUCUGUCCACAUCGGCCCAUUCAAUCUUGAAUGCUACACACUGAACAACCAGCCAGGCAGGUCCACAGACAGGGAGAGCAGAGAAAGAAGUCCUUUCUCAUUAGUAUGAGGACUGCCACCAAUUCCCACUGCCACCAAAUUCCGUGAUCCUGAGCCAAGGGGGUGAGCCGGCAGGAAAUCUUGCCAUCAAGUGCCGAGAAAAGGGCUGAAUUCUUCCUUCAUGGGCAUCCACCUUUUAUAUGUGCCCCGAAUCCAUAGUCCCAUACUUCCUAUGGUGACAUGGAUCACAGUUGGAGAAUCUCUCCCUCCUGGUACGUGUACGAUUGCAAAUGUCACUCUGGAGAUCAUGCGUACAUAAGAAGGUACCAUCUUGUAUACACAUAAAAAAAACCUACAUGUAGAGAUAUACGCUUAUGCACACACACACCGUUUCUUUCAUAUAUACAGGCAGAAAAUAGAGUAAAUACAGGUAGUUUUCCAAGUACCCUUCUGUGUGACUCUACCGCUGUUUGCGAACCUGGAAAUAAAAGUUGUUCAUUAUGUAUG